UAUGUCAUAGACAGCGCAGACAAACAGCCAUUUGAGGAGACGGGACUGGAGCUGGAAUAUCUGAUUGAUGAGGAGAAUCUAAAGGGCGUGCCAGUGCUCAUCUUUGCCAAUAAACAGGACCUGGUCACUGCUUCGCCCACUGAAGGACUCAACCUGCACACGUAUCAGGACCGCCAGUGGCAGAUCCAGGCCUGCUCAGCAGUGACCGGGGAAGGAGUACAGGAUGAACUGCAGAUAAUGGGCAAGGUCAAAAUCCCCGACAUUCGCAUGAAGAAGAGACAGAGAUUUCGGGGACGUAGGCCGGGGUGGGUAAUCCGCCUCUACCAUCAGUCCUAUUAG